GGGCGCAACAUCUACAAUGGUAGGGGUGCACAAUCGACGGAGAAUGAAAAAUAGCAUCAUAUCUCUAGCACCAAUUAUUUAUCGUUAACAAUUCAUCAACAGUUAUGUUAUAAUAAUCAAGCAAUGUGAACUUAAAUCAUUAUACGAAGAUUCAUAUGCAAGAACAUUUGGAAUAUGUCCCUUGUCACCCCUUUCCCUGGCGCCGUCAUUGUAUGGAUACGGACUGUACAGUGCGCUGCAGAUUGCGUUGAAUUAACUGUUUGGUGUUGCCCUACAGUUUGGAGGCCAUCCCCACACGUUCCGUAUAACGGAACGAUAUUGCAGUAUCCUUUGUUUUCCUUCGCUGGGUAUCAAGAUCUGCUGCCUCCAGUCGGGCAAACAAAGGAGGGGAGAAGAGGCUGAUCCUUCCCACAAUCCUUCAGUCACUGGGCCUACUGAUCCAGACCACUGCUCUGCCUUCUCACUCCCCUCUCCCCCCCACCCUAAGGCAGGCAAGCUGUGGGGCAGUAGGAUCAGGGCAGCAGUAAGGGCUGAUUGAUGCUCUGUGGGGAUGAGACCUGGCUGCUGAAGGCCAGUGGAGACGGCUCCCAUUCUCCGCUCGCCUGGCUUUAUGUGCGUGUCUGCAGGCUGCCCUACGCGCAGCAGCAGCAGCAGAGCCACCCCCCACGUCAGUCACGGUGGCCACCCCGAGCCAUCCAGACAUGCCCACCGAGACCCUGCCGUCGCUGGCAGAUAGCAAACCCACCGUCCCUGGGGCGGCCUUUGUCUCCGCUGUCCCCCUGCGCAUACUCAACAAGGGACCCGAGUACUUCCGGCGCCAGGUGGAGACCAACCCUAAGCGGCUGAGCGCCGUGGAGCGGUUGGAGGCGGACAAGUCCAAGUACGUGAAGAGCCAGGAGGUCAUCAACGCCAAGCAGGAGCCUGUCAAGCCCCAGCUGCUGGCCAAGCCACCUGUCUGCCCUGCCGUGGCCAAGAGAGGGGCGAAUGGUGGCGGUUGUGGUGGGGUGGCCCUCAAGACAUUCAAUAACAACUCCAAGUCGGACACGUGCGCCACCACCAGCAAACGGGAGAACCUUAACCUGGAGAUCCUCAAGAACCUCCUGAACAGCUCCGGCUCGGUCUCUGAGGGCCACGCUAAGAGCGCUACUCUAAAACCUGGGGCCAGGAGCUUGGCCCCCCACCGCUCCACCCCCACACCCACCACAGACUGCACUGAGCCCACCAGCCUCCGUUCCGUCGCCAAGUCCCUCAAGGUGCCUCCGCCUGCACCUGGCCGACAGAGCCCCCAGGGGGGGAACCUGAACCUCAGCCGCCGGCUGCUGGAGGAGCGGGGCGAGGGCAAUCACUCACCCCUCCAUGCCUCCCACAGCUCCUCCGACAUCCGCAGGCUGUGCAACGGUAAGCCUCUAAGGGCGGCCCGAAGCAGCAGCAGCUCCGCACCUCCCUUACCCCCCAAGCCCAGUACCAAAGUCCUGGCCCCCCUCUGCGACAAUGCCCCUCAGUCCCCUGAGAGGGAGCCUCCGCCGCCCUCCUCUGCCACCCCAGAUGAGCAGUUGGAGCUAGAGUUGGGGAGCUCGUUGGCCCGCCGGCCCUCUCUGCACCGCUCCAAGUCGGACCUGAGCGACCGGUAUGCGCGGGCAGGCGCCGACGUGGAACGCUUCUUUAACUACUGUGGGCUGGACCCUGAGGAGCUGGAGAGCGUGGGCGUGGAGAGCUUUGCCCGCGCCAACUCCGACAUAAUCUCCCUCAACUUCCGCAGCGCUAGCAUGAUCAGCUCGGACUGUGACCAAUCACGGCAUAGCAACGAGGACAUGACGGACGAGGAGGAAGACGUGAGCGAACGCGUGCCGUAUGGAAUCUCGGCCGUGGAACGAAACGCCCGCGUCAUCAAAUGGCUGUACAGCAUCAAACAGGCGCGCGAGUCGCAGAAAGUGUCUCAUGUCUAAAAGAGAAGGAAGAAACAAACUAUUAGAUGGUCCUUGCAACAAAACAAAAAAAGACUUCCGAUGGAAUGAAGGUCUUUGGACACUCUGAAUCUCUGAAUGUCAAAGUAUUGACUGGCAAGACGCCCUUGGAUGGAUCUUGCGGUCGCUAUUGCGUUCAGUUUUAGUUGUCCUCUGAAUCUGCAUGGCUCCUCCCACCCACCCGCCACUGCAGCCUCCAGCUAAAGCAACAGGUUUAGGAAAAUAUUGCCUUUUUCAAGAUGGCAGCAGUUCAGUUCCGUCUCUUGGAGCAGCACAGCUCUCUCUCAUUGUUAUGCUUUCUGUCUGUUUAGACCAGCACAAUGACGCCAGCUCUUUUUAGAUGUCUUCUUAAUGUCCUUUCUUUCUGAACAACACUGAGCCUGGAAGCCAUACGGGUGUGAAUGCAGCGCUUCAGUGUGUAGCCAGUCUUUAGUCUGAUAAUUCUGAGCUUUGAGUGUCUAUAGAAAAAAACUUCCUUGAAAAAAGGGCUGUGAAAGCAUGGUACAGUCCAAACCUGCUUCACCCCUUUGGUACCAGGGGAGUUUGUUUGGUACAUUCCAGACCCUGCCCCCUUCCCGGGGAAACCCCAUAUUUAUCCCCUUUUUCAGUGUUACUAUGGUGAUAGCAUUCAGGCAGCAUCAUGAAAUCAUUCAGCAUUACGUGGUUUUUGCUUCUGUUUAGUUUGUUGUCCAUAACAUUCUCAUUGGCAGUUUGAUUUUGUGGUACUUGCUUUUUUUAAAGAUAUGUGUAAAUGCUGUAAGAAAAUGUAUAUAAUUUCAAAACUGUUAGAUGUUUGUCAGAGGGCGUCUGUUAAGCUAACUUACUACAUUGUUCAGUCUUCUCUCUUGGCUUGACUGUGAGACUGCGUCAAACCCAGUUCAUGAUCAAAUUUUUAUGACGUUAUGAUGACACACUACCUUUCAAAAGUUUGGGGUCACUUAGAAAUAUCCUGGUUUUUGAAAGAAAAGCUUAUUUUUUUGUACAUUAAAAUAACAUCAAAUUGAUCAGAAAU